AUGAACAAAGAAGAUGCUUUAAGCCAUAUUGACAUUGCAUAUCAAAAGAUUAAUAAUCAGAACAAUGGUUAUGGGUUUGACUCAAGGAAGAACAAAGUAGAUUUAGAAUUAAAGUCAUGUCCAAAAUCUAGAGGUCUUUACCAGAGUUCAUCUCAAAUUUAUCUUCACACUCCCAAGAAUUACUCAGAUUUCACGACACCAAAAUAAGGCAUUUAGCAGAAAAGAGAUACAUUUUUCAAGAGGGUCUUCAACCAAAAUGAUAAGUGUAGCAUCUCCUGGAACAACUAAUCCUUCUACUGAGUCAAAACAUUUAAAUAAAACAAGAGACAAGCCAGACCAUUACAAGAAAUCUAUUGAGACACUUUCCAGUAGACUUUUUACAAGAGAGUUCAACGGUAAAAGCUCGGACUACAAGCAGCCAAUAAUUUCAAAUGGACUAGGGUUUUACUCAAAAUCUAGCUCUUCACCUUCCCUUAUCAAAGAGAAUACUGUUAGAAGAAGGAAUUAUCACCAGAAGCCCUUUACUAGGACAGGGUCUUAUGCUAGAAGUGGGAGUAUAGCCGGAAGCUACAUGCCUGUGUUCACCAAUCAAGUUAAUCAGUACUACCGGAGGUAUUAACUUAGUACGCUUGUUUCAAUUCUGA